UGAAGGGCAGGGGGAGCAGACCCCGGAGUCAUCCCCGAGACCCUCAACUUUGCUUCUGUCCAGCACUGUUUGCUGCCAGAGCCUGGAGCAAAGCCGAUCCACAGCAGUCUCCAGGGCUCAGGCGAGGGGUCUGCAAAACACAGCUGCCGUGGCACUCAGUGGUGCUUGGCUGCUGUUUCUGUGGGGUUGCCCUGCCAGUGGUGUAUUUCCAGCCACCUGUUCUGCUCCUUUCGUCCUGCCAGUCCAUGUGGUAUGGGGGUGGCAGCUGGAAAUCUGCAGGUAGCAGAGGACAGAGAGCUAGCCUGUGCCUUGCCAGGACCCUCAGUCCUCAGUCGCUUUGCUUUGGAAUAGUUUAGGAAAGCAGGACAGAUUGUGGACUCCUGGUAUAUCCUCUGGUGCUGGUGGCACUGUGAUUCCCUGCUUAUGCCAGGAGCAAGGGAAUGCCCUUCCUGAUCCCUGCUGUGGGCUGGAGGGAGGCAUGUGAGUCCCAUUUUUCUGGUCAGUGAUCAAUGCAUGUUGUGGAGUGCCUGAGGUUUUCUUGACUUUGCUUUGGAAGGUGCAGAGACUUACUAGCCUUGGGAAUCACUGCCUGUGUUCUCUAUCUGCUACACUCCAGCUUUGUUGUUACGCAAGGUUCAUCGCCUCCUCCCUGGGCAGACACUGUGUAUUGCCCUGCCUGGGGCAGCACUGUGGCCAGUAGUAAUUUCUGUGCCAGGAUUUUGUCCUUGUGUGCUGGGGAAAAACUCUGGGGCUGCUCUGGGAGUUUAGAUCCAACAGCUGGGCUGUGGGACUGGCCACCCUUCAAAUAGUGCAUCCCUCCUUGUGAGGAACAGAGCUGUGUGUACUGAACAAGGGGACCACCACUGGGUGUGAUAAUAGAAAUCUGCAAAAGAAACCAUGGUCUGAGUACCUAAACCACCGGGACACCCUGGCUGAGGCCCCUGCUGCCUGGCUUCAUGUGCGUCACUCUGGAAAGGAAGCUCAGAGAGAGAGAGAAGAAACUCUCCAACUCCUUCCCAGCCUGCAUCACUAGUCCUGCUGAUGGGACCAAAAUAGAAACGUGUGGCCAGCCUCUCCCUCAGCCCCAGCACCAUGGGUGACGUCCAUGAGUCCAGGGCUCACUCUCUGCGUUUCAGCCCUGGUUAAUUCAUGGCUCAAGGCUGUCAGUCUUGCUGUUCAGCUCCUCUACCAAAUGCAGCAACAGAUUGUUUACAUCAGUGCUGUCAGGUUUCUUGAUUGCCAGGAGGCAGAUUAUUUACUGUACUGGCAUAUAAACUUCAUAACAUUAUGAUGGUGGAAAGUUGUCAAGGGAUAUAAAUGCCCAGAGUCAGCCCAGGAGGCUCCAAGGAGAUGGUUUUGGUUUAAAUUAAGAUAAAACACUGUCUUCCAUGGAUUUUGGGAAGGAAAUCACAUUGUUGUAAUGGGAACAUUACUCUGAAUGUUAGGGCUGGCAAACUCUUCACUUUAUGAAGUCUCUGUUGAGGAGCUGAGCUGCUCUGGCCAGAUGUGCCUUAAAACAGAUUUCACGUUUGCCCUGAGAAGGUGGUGAAAAAGGAGAUGGCACCAUGGCAUCAUGCAGAGCUUGGGGUGAGGUGGGAUGGAGCUGCUAUGAGAAGGGUGCUGGGAAAAUGCUAUGAACUCUAUAAAAAGUCUCAGUCCCUUCUGCUCCCAGCCGGUGUUCUUCUCAGAAAACCAAGUGUGAGCAUUUUCUUGUGGAGGGCCAGGCAUGAAGGUGGGAUGGCUUUUGCCUUGCUUUGUUUGAAGCAUGGCUAGGCAGUGUCCUUCCGCCUGGGUCUGCCACUUGGAGAAGCCUACCACGACAAACUGUCAAACUGUGGUGUUUCAUUUCUUUGCCUUUCUACAAUUGUCCCACAAGGCAGCUGCCUGUCCUUGGUGUUGCACCUUAUCACCCUGACUUGCUCAUUUGAAGAAAGCGUUUUAGAAGUUCUAUCUCCUCACCCUGGUGUUCCCUGCUCCUGACUGGCUGUGAGUUAUGCUCUUGCUUCGCCAGGUACAAGAUGGAUACAAAGACUCUACACUGAUAUAGCUGCCUGUCCCUUGUGAAGAAGUGCUGUCCUGGGACCUCCGGGUUGGCCACCCAGAGUGCCCAGUGACACUGAUAGUCUUCUGAGCAAGUUUGCAAACAUGAUUAGAUACUGUUGGGAUGCCUUGCUCUCAUGCCCAUGCCCAGUAGCCCUGACGGGGACCUCUAUGCAUCACGUGCAGGGACCUCAGGGACCACAGGGCUGGGAGGAUGUCCUUUGCAGCUGCAUGCAUCUGACCACCAGCUGGUUUCUAAGCACUUGCCUUGCUUUCUUACUAGCAGAGAGGUCUGAAUUAUUCUUGAUCAGGCCCAGGACUCACUGAAAGAUGUGUUGCUCUCUGAGUACCCUGCUAGGAUCAGAAAUUGGCUUCUGCAGCCUGGAGGAGCAACCUUGCAGUUGCAGCAGUAAUCCCCUCCUCUGCAGGGUGACAGUGCAACUGAGGAUGUCCUUGUCCUUCUUCUGGGAAUACCAUGCUCCUGCAGCUCAGAAGCCUGGAAGUGGCCCAUAUAGGUGGUGGCACUUGUUGCAGUAGGUCAAAUGUAUGAAUUCUAAAAUAGAUGAGCAUAGCUCAUAGCUCACCUCUCAUGGUGCUUUGAAAGGCUCAUGGCUUGGAUGGAGCCUCCCCGUCCCUGUGCUGGGUGGAGCCCCAUCUCCUUGCUUAUACCAGACCCAGUGUGGGGAAGCUUCUGACUCAGUUUUAUUUGUGUGAUGGUAGGAGAGAUGACAGCUGGAAUGGAAAUUCUGAGUAGGAAAAAAGUGCACAGUAUGGGAACUUGCUGGUUACUGCACAGCUCACUGCAACCAAAGCUUGAGGGCUGCACCACAUCUUAACAAGCAUUUUCCUUUCCCCAUCUGGCACAGGGGCACCUUCCUCAGCAGACCUCAUCUGUGCAGGUUGCUCUUGUAAGGUCAGAGAAGCCUGGCUGGGGAGCCCCAGGGAGAGGAGAGGUCGGUGAUGAUGUGUGGGAAGCAGGAUGGGAGAGAGGGUACAGGAUCUCAGCAGGGGUGGUGUAAGGACAGUAGCAUACAUGGGAAGGUUGAAUAUCAGAGCACUGAAAGGGCAUUAUGGGCUGUGCAAGCUUGUGAUGGAAACAGAGGCUGAAGGCAACCAGUGGUGUGCCAGCGGGGUGGGAAUGAGCAGCAGCUCUCCGGAUGGGCUCCUGGGUCCCUCAGUUCCUCCAGUGCCCAGGCAGGGAGGCGGCAGGGGAAAAGCCCAGGAGAUCUUGCUGUCGUACAGGAGUGCCUAUUAAUAACACACUUUCCUUGUGGCUGAUCUGUAUGAGUCAAGUGUCUUUGCCAGGAGAAGACAGCUUGUAAACUGAAGUGGGCUCCUGCUCAGACUCUGCCAGCUCUAGUGCCACAGCAGCUCCCCAGCACCCACAGCUAGCCAGGAUGCAGGAAUCCAGCCAGCUGCCAUCAGGACAGGUGCUCGUCAUGGAACGAGGCGAAGCUCUCAGACUUGUUUCCCUGGUAGUCCCGUGGUUGGAAAAAAUGCUUUCCAGUUGACUAAUUGGAGGUUUGCUGAAAGGUCAGGAGGAGCUGAUGGUAUUAUUAUGUCCAGACUUCUCUGUGGCUUAAGGCUUGUGCUUUUAGUAUCAGCAAUGUCCUGCAGUAGGGUCCUCUAGCCUCCUUUGGUGCCAGGAGAGGGGUGCCAGAUUUGUCACUGUAUGAAGGUAACCUGAGAUCUCUCUUGCUUCUGGGCACUGUCAGGAAUAGACCAGGCUGCUGGAGGGACAAAGGGAAUAAUAAUGCAGAGGAAGGGCCAAGAGGGUGUAUGGUACAGGAUCCCUCUGCCUAUCACAGAGAGCCGGUUAAGUAUGGUACAUGGGAGUUUGCUCUAGGCUAGUGAAGCAAAGCAGAAUAGUGGAUAUCUGGAAUAUCCAGAUUCUCUUUGUGAUGUGGGCAAAGAUUAUGUCAUGAGGGACACUGCAUGUUAAGCCCUAAGGGUCAGCCUGUCUGGUUUUGGAACCACUAUCACCAAAUGAGGGAUAGCUGCUGGAUAUCUGGAGAGAUGUCUCCAUAACAGCUGAUUCACAAGCUCUAUGUCCACUGCAGUUAUAAGACACAAGUUUUUCCUCUUCGAUUCCUGCUGUGCUUUCCAAGGAUGUUUAGAUCUUGAUGGGCCAUGUUACUGCUUCAGCAGCAUCUCUGCACUGAGGCCAGGCAGGGUGUGUAGGAUGCUUUGAGGAGCCUGGUAGUAAAAAACACCCCACCUUUCAAGAGCUCUGCAGAUCAUGAGCAGACCAGAGCUGCUGUCUCCUUCCUUAUUCACAGAAGGAGAUUGAAAUGACAGUGUGUAUCUGCUCGUGAGUUGAUAUACCAGUACAUGCAGCAGUACUUCCUUACUCUGCACCCUGCAAAUGCCAGGCUGCCUCGAUCCAGCCUCCUUACCUAACUGAGCCGAGUAAUGUGCUCUAUAGAGCAACCACAGGUGCUGGCUCCUCUCCAUCUUUUCUCAGUGACAAACAAUGGAGAUGCCAGAAGUGUGCUGGUGUUAGGCCUGGGGCUUCCGAGGCUUAGCUCUUUUCGGGCCCCUCUCUGUCUAUUGCAUGGUUCCCCAGCUGCUCUGCACGCAGCUCUGCUAAUGCAUAUCAACCAUGGGCAGCCCCAGCAGUUUGUCCAUCUGUUCCACCAGCAGCAGCUCUCACACCUGCAAUACACCAUUUGGAGCUCAGGUUGGAAGUGAGAUGCAAGAGGUGGGGAUCUGUACACCUAGCAUAUCUGAGCUGCCACAUGCUGCUGUCAUGGGCUGUCAGCUGUCAGUCUUGUAAUAACCUUUCACCACUGGUGGUCAGAGCUUGAUUCCGCGUGCCAUUUACAGACAGCCCUGAAGAUAAAAAGGUCCGCAGUCAGCUAGUGCUCAAACAUAAAUGUCAAACCAAGGUUGUUGUAGCAGAUUUCCUCACGAGACUGGUGCAAAAAGGAAGGAAGCUGUGUUAAGAGAUCUUCCUGCCCACAGCAGCAACACGGUAAGCAGCGGAGCAGCUUUGUGCUGGUGGAAUAUCUGGGGUGGGAGGGAACAGCCAUUCAGCUCAUUUGAGGUGCCUUUGAUCAGUACCACGAGCUAAAGCUGGCCAAAAAGGGUCUGUUGCAAUGUGCCAAAUCCUGUGUUCUUGCUUGUGUUUUUUAAUAUGUUUUAUUUGUUCAGACAGUUUUUAAUACCUGUUGGUGAUGAUGCUCAUUGGCAGCCGUCUGAACAUGAUCCAGCAUGUGCCAAGUGGCCACGAAGGCCAACAGUAUCCUGGCCUGUGUCAGUAAGUGUGGCCAGCAGGACUGGAAAGUGACUGUUUCUCUGUACUCAGCACUGGUGAAGCCACACCUCGAGUGCUGUGUCCAGUUUUGGGCCCUUCUCCUGUCACUGAGGUGGUGGAGCACAUCCAGAGGACAGUACAGCUGGUGAAGGGUCUAUGGGACAAGUCUUAGGAGGAAUGGCUGAGGAAGCUGGAGGGUCAUGGGAGACCAACAGGCUGGAAGCAGAGUCAUCAGCAAAAUGGUGAUGCCCUCUGCAAAGCUGCAUGGGCCAUGGGUGGAUUGAACCUUCUGGUGACCAAGUACCUGCCUGCAUUGCUUGCAGUGGUAGGACUUGAGAAAUACUUCUGAGGAGGUGAUGCUUUGGCUUUGCUUUCAGUUCAGCCAGGCUUUAGCUGCCCUGAUGCUGCUCUCUGGAGGCCAUUGCCUUCCUUCCUUCCUGCCUCCUUCCCUCCUUUCCUCACUCGUCCCUACUUCCCCUACAUUACUGAGUAUAGGCAUGGUGAUAAGCCUAUAGAAACUGAAGAGCUGGCCUUCCUUGUCUGCAAGGGUGGAGGAGACCAAACCAAGCCUUGUCUUUUCCAGAAUACAAACUCACCUUUGUACUCAUCUAUUAAAAAGAGGUACAUCCCAAUGGGCUGCUUGUGCUACAAGCACUAUCAAAAACUCCAUGUCCCAUCUUACAUGCAUUUCCCAAAUAAACAGGGAAGAAGUUUCUGAUAAAUUCACCUGUUUGUGUGGGCCUUGGCUCACUGGAAGUUUGGGCCAGAGUGAUCUCCUGAAGGUUCUCUGAUAUUACUGAUCCAUAAGAAUGUAAAAGAGCAUGGGAAGAGAGGAAGAUAGAAGAAGGGGAGGAGAUGUCAGUCUGCGUGGUGAGCAGCAUGCCCAUGCUCUUGCAUGGUGGGUAGAGGAGAUGCCUUGCACAGCAUGGAAAUCUUUGAGAGUAGUGGUGGUGGUGGUGGUGGUGGCUUGUGUGUGCUUGUAGGCUGCCAUGAUCAAGUCUCCUGCCUUAGGAGCAAUUGAAGAGAAGAAAUUUGCUUCUACCAAACUAUGGGUUUUGGCGGGUUUUUUUAAAGUUGGCCUUGAAUAAAUACUCUAGCAGCUGAAGAGAGGUGGCAGCUGGAGGGUGGGAAAUGAAGCACUGUCUCUGGAGGAGGGGAGCACUGGAGCUAGCCAGAUUCAGCUCCUUCCACUCAGGCCUUUGUGUGCUGAGCCACUGAAAGUCUUGCAGCACCUUCCACCAGUGGCUUUCAACAGACCGUUGCAAUGUCCAGGCAGCCUGUCAAGCUUUGAGAGCUGGGCAGGGAAAGCAUGAGCUUUCCAUAAAGCUCUUUCUCCUGUAAGAGGGAAAUUUUGCUUAGGACAGAUGGAAUGAUCUUCCUAACUCUCCUCUCCAGCCUCUCCUGCCCCAGCCCCUCCCAACUUCCAGCUCUCCCAGACCUCUUCUACCAAAUUUUUACUGCCCUGGUUUUACUGGCCUGAUCAGUUUUCUUCUGUAGGACUCAUAAGGGCUUAAUUUCAAUUUGCUACAAAUUUGGUGGGACUGAUACCUAGCUAGAGUGGUUCCUGUGUGGAAACCAGAUGGGUCAGCAUCAGGAGAGUGGUAGGGGUGAUGGAGGUGCCGGGGCUGAUUGGCACCUCGGGGUGCACAGGGGUUCUGCUUAAUGGAGUGCAGGGAAUGCAGAGGGUCCUGGCUAGGCGGUGACACCUGCCCUGCCUUGCAGCCCUCUAGGCUGAGCUGUGAGACUCAUGGAGCAGUAAAGCUGUGGGGAGCAACACUACCACAAGGCUCAGGUGGCAUUGCCAUGUCUCCCACUCCCUGCUUCAGCCCUCUAUCCCUUGCUUCCCACUGUCCCCUUGCCCUGACAGCCACAGCGUGGCCUGGGACUCACAGGGGAGCCUACUUAAUCCCUGGUCUCUGUGUUAACAGCCACCAUCCGGAUGCAAUGGAAACCUUUUUUAGGCGGCACUUUGGGCGGAAGGGGCUGCGGCGCACCAGCGUGGUGGCUGUGCCCACAGGCAAGGCCAGGCGUCGCUCCCAGGUGGGGUUGCCCUCCGCCUCGCUGGCCCAGUGCCGCCGCGGCUCAGGCACCCCAGCGCCAUCCCUCUCCUGCCUGGGCCUGGUCCGGCGUCCCGGCACGCGUCGCCGCUCCAGCACCACACCGCCCUGCCUCAGCCCCAGGUUUGCCGUGCAGAUGAAGCGCGGAGGCCAGGCACAAGCUAUUGAUGCCCAGCUGCUGGGUCCCACUGUCCUCCUGGCCAGCCUCGUCCCCACGGGAGAGGAGGGGGACAGAGCUCGCUGCACUGACAGCACCACAUCUGAGUCUCCAGAGGACGGUGGUGCAGCAGCAGGAGCUGAGCAGGGCCAGCACGGGCAUAGUGCUGAGGAGACAUGGCUGGCCAUGCUGCCCCAGCUGCGGCCGCUCCAGGCAGGCCUGCUGUCGCGGGGCUCCCGCUGCCUGCGGCGCGCCUCCUCCCACCGCCUGCCCACCGAGGCCCUGCACGGCCGGGCUGCCUACGGCCUGCCGGGCCGCUACCGCCGCCUCAGCCAGCGCCGGCGCUCCAGCGAUGCCCCUCAGCCUGGGCUGCUCCCCUCCGGCCACCCACGGCUGGUGGCCCGGCACUGUGCAGGAGUGGCUGGAACCAAGUGCCCCUCUGCCACCCUUGUCAAGGAUUUGGGACCGGAGCCCACCUGCCACACCACCCCGGACGGCUGGAGUCCCCGGCUGCUGAAAGCUAUUGCCAAAUCAAGUCUCCAACACAUGGUAGCCCAGCCAAACCCGGCACUAGCCUUGAGGAGUGACUCAGAGAGGCAGAUAUGCAGCACUGUGGAUUGGAGCGAGGCUGCGGUCUAUGGGGAGCACAUCUGGUUUGAGACCAAUGUCUCUGGGGACUUUUGCUACGUUGGGGAACAGAACUGCAUGGCAAAGCUUCUGCAAAAACCUCUCUCCAGGCGCAAGUGUGCAGCCUGCAAGAUCGUAGUGCAUACACCCUGCAUCGAACAGCUGGAGAAAAUAAAUUUCCGCUGCAAGCCUUCCUUCAGGGAAUCAGGAUCCCGGAACAUACGGGAGCCCAUUGUUGUCCGACAUCACUGGGUGCACCGGAGGCGGCAGGAAGGGAAAUGCCGGCAGUGUGGCAAGGGUUUUCAGCAGAAGUUUGCCUUCCACAGCAAAGAGAUUGUAGCCAUCAGCUGUUCCUGGUGCAAACAAGCGUAUCACAGCAAAGUAUCGUGUUUCAUGCUGCAACACAUUGAAGAGCCCUGCUCACUCGGGGCUCACGCUGCUGUCGUCGUUCCUCCCACCUGGAUACUGCGGGUCCGGCGGCCCCAGAAUCCACUGAAAUCUAGUAAGAAGAAGAAGAGGACAUCAUUCAAGCGGAAAUCCAGCAAAAAGGGGGCUGAGGAGGGGAGGUGGAAGCCCUUUGUCAUCAAGCCCAUGCCAGCUCCUCUCAUGAAGCCCUUGCUGGUGUUUGUGAACCCCAAGAGUGGUGGGAAUCAGGGAGCCAAGAUCAUCCAAUCCUUUAUGUGGUAUCUCAACCCACGGCAGGUUUUCGACCUCAGCCAGGGUGGACCCAAGGAGGCGCUGGAGCUGUACCGCAAAGUCCACAACCUCCGGAUCCUGGCGUGCGGGGGAGACGGCACGGUGGGCUGGAUACUCUCCAUUCUGGACCAGUUACGCAUCAACCCACCUCCUCCUGUGGCCAUCCUACCUUUGGGGACAGGGAACGACUUGGCCAGAACACUGAACUGGGGUGGGGGUUACACCGAUGAGCCUCUGUCCAAGAUCCUGUCGCACGUAGAAGAUGGGAACAUAGUACAGCUCGAUCGCUGGAACCUCCAUGUGGAGCCAAACCCUGACACAAACCCUGAGGAAAAGGAUGAGGCAGCUGCUGACAAGCUCCCUUUGGAUGUCUUUAAUAACUACUUCAGCCUUGGCUUUGACGCACGGGUGACGCUGGAGUUCCACGAAUCUCGAGAGGCCAACCCAGAGAAGUUCAACAGCCGGUUUCGGAAUAAAAUGUUCUAUGCUGGGACGGCUUUCUCCGACUUCCUCACCGGGAGCUCCAAAGACUUGGCGAAGCAUGUCAGGCUGGUUUGUGAUGGGAUAGACCUGACCUCCAAGAUUCAGGACCUGAAGCCCCAGUGCCUGGUCUUCCUUAAUAUCCCAAGGUACUGUGCAGGCACCAUGCCCUGGGGCAACCCUGGGGAGCACCAUGACUUUGAGCCCCAGCGCCAUGAUGAUGGUUGCAUUGAAGUUAUUGGCUUCACCAUGACAUCACUGGCUGCCUUGCAAGUCGGUGGCCAUGGGGAGCGGCUCUGUCAGUGCCGGCAGGUGGUUCUCACCACAUCCAAGGCCAUCCCCAUGCAGGUAGAUGGAGAGCCCUGCAAGCUGGCAGCUUCCUGCAUCCACAUCUCUCUGCGCAACCAAGCCAACAUGGUGCAGAAGACCAAGCGGCGCAACUCCAUGCCUCUGCUCAAUGACCAGCAGCCAGUGCCCGAGCGGCUGCGGAUCCGGGUGAGCCGCAUCAGCAUGCGCGACUAUGAGGCACUGAACUAUGACAAGGAAAAGCUCAAGGAAGCCUCUGUGCCACUGGGGAUCAUCGUGGUUCCAGGAGACAGUGACCUGGAGUUGUGCCGGACCCAGAUUGAGAAGCUGCAGGAGGAGGGAGAUGGAGCCACGCCGAAGACACUGUCAUUCCAGAAGCUGUCACCCAAGUGGUGCUUCCUGGACUCAACCACGGCCGAUCGGUUCUACAGGAUAGACCGCGCACAGGAACACCUCAACUAUGUGACAGAGAUCUCUCAGGAUGAGCUCUAUGUGCUGGACCCAGAGCUAGUGGUCACUCAGACUGUGAGCACUUCCCCUGCCAUGCCUGACCUCGUGGACUCAUCUGCCACACCCCCUGGGCACCAUUUUGCAUUUCCUUCCUGUUCCUCCUCUCCACCCUCCUCUCCUGCCCCCAGCACUGAGCCUGAGCACUGCCUCCCACAUAAAGACAACCUUCUGAUAGAAGCUGCCAAGAGUGGCAACUUCAUCAAGUUCCAAGAGCUGCACCGAGCUGGAAGAGACCUGAUGGUGCGAGAUUCCUCGGGCCAGACUGUCCUCCACCAUGCUGUCAAAUCAGGAAGCAAGGACAUCGUCAAAUACAUCAUCGAGAAUGCUCCUUCAGAAAUCCUUGAUGCCACAGAGGAGGAGAAGGAGACACCCCGAAGCACCGUGCUGAGAAAGCCAAUGACCCUGACUUAGCUGCCUACCUCGAGAACCGACAGCACUACCAGAUGAUCCAGCGGGAGGACCAGGAGACAGCUGUGUAGUGCUUGGUGUGCCUUAGCCCAAGCCAGCUCAUGCAGGAUGAGAAGAGUACAAUGCCAACUGGCAGAGCUGUAUCUGGCCUGACCCUCCCCAGAUGCCAGCCUGGUCCCUGGAGAUGGAUACAGAAGAGCUCUGCACCAGGCUGGGCUGGAACUCUGUUUAUGAGGACAAUUGACAUUUCAGACUUGAAGACUGAUUCUUUGUGUGUCCACCCCUUCACCUCUCAUUCACCACAUUCCCUGCCCUAGGUGGGCUCUAUCCCCCAGCCAUGUUGGAGCAGGCCAGGCUGAAGCCCCCAAGGCACCCUUGUUCAUGGGAGUAAUGCCAGUGCCCCUUCCAUAGGCUCCUACCUAUAAUCCUUAUGGGAUAUCAUUGUUCAGCCCCUCUCUCUGCUGGCAGUGCCCCUCUUUUAGGUGCUUGGCUAGGUUUGUGUCCUGUUCCUCCUCUCCUGUCUGGCACAGCUGUGGGGGGCACAGGCUGCAUGGACAGACUGCAGAGGCUGUCAGCUGCAGACUGCCCCAAAGGAAGCACCACAACUCACUGGCCCUGCCUUCUCCUCCCUCCUGGGGCUGCACCAGGUCUCUCUGUUGCCCUUCUCUUCUGCAGCAGGAGAGAAAUCACUUGUGGAUCCAGCCUUUCCUCAGAGCAUCUGGGUCUGGUGCAGCCAGCAGUAGGGCAGCAGGUGCUCUCCUGUUGGGCCUCUAGUGCUCAGUCAGCAAUCUGACUCAGGGCUGGGAUGGCAUAGAGGAAGGCUAUCAAACCUUCCCACCACGCUUCUCUCCAUGGGGCUAGGUGGAUCAGUUUGUACACCCACUCUGCUGAGCAUCUUUUUGUGAGCCCGCUGCAGGAUGGUGGACGGCUGCACUCAGCUGGUGCAGUGGCAGAAGUGAGGCCUGUUUUAUUUCCCAAAUGGUGAGUUAAAUUCAGCUGCCCUCCUUGCUUCAGUUUCCCCCCCUCAAUGCUAGACUUUGCACGGGGCUGGACGGGCAGUGCUGGGGUCAGUGCUGCUCUCAGGGAUCCCCUCCUGCCCCCCAACCUGGCAACAUGCAUCCUCUUAGGCUGACUCCUGCUAUUCCCCAAACUGGGCACAGGGCUUUGCAGGGAGCUCACCCAGCUGAGACAGAAUCCACCUGGGCAGACCAUGAACUUACCCUCUCCAGUUUUAGUAGAAAGAGGGAUUUGGAUUCCCAGGAACCACCAGAGCUCCUAGCCCUGACUCAUGCCUGCGGUGGGAUGGAGUUUCACCAACCACCUGCCAUGGGGUACGAGGCACCACAAUCCAUCUCCCCUGUUGAUGCUGUACGCGCUUGAUGCCAAGACAUCAAGGCAGGCCUUAAGCAAGGCUUUUGCAGAACUGAGUCUGAGACCAGGAGGUGCCCACAGAGCAGGAAAGCUGAUGGCUUGGAGCCUAGCAGACCUGCUUGGCACUUUUGGGUAGGCUGUGGUUGUGAAGGGGGCUGCUGUUCACAUCUUGACUCUAGGAGAGGAUACUACUGAUGCUGUGUGUGGUCUGUGCAGCCCCGCUGCAUUCACACACAGCUGUGCCCACUGGGUAGUGCUGGGUGACACUGUUUGAAUUCCUCCUACUACCAAGAAAAGGGUAUGAGGAUACUUUAGGGAACCAGAAUACCCUUCAGACUUUUUGCCCAGGGGCAGGGUUUCCUUGAAGGAAAGGAGAUGAUGUACUGGGGAACAGAGGCACAGGGCGGUGCAGGGUGCCCAGGGGCCAGUGUCAGUAUUGGCAAAUCAUAAUGAUAGUGUACUAUUGCAUUGACAGCUGGGACACUCCAGAAGUGCCUGGAGUUCUCAUCAGCACUGCUGGCAGGCUACUAAUAGACACAGCACUGUCAUCUUCUCAGAGGUUCACACCACUGCUGCCCUAGACAGGAUGCCCAACUUGGCCCAGAGGCAUUUAGAGCCUCAUCUUUCCCCUUUCUCCCUUAUAGUUUUUGUACAGGUAGUUGAGAGACACACUGUCCCCCUCCCUGCCCGGCCCCUCCGUGCACCUGUGAGCUGAGCAAUUGCUGUGCAAUUCCAAGCCUGCUUAUAUUUUGGUGAAGAAGGAGGGGGUGUUGGUUACCCUGCCCCCUGAGGGCAGGGGUUCUGUGCAAUACCUGGGUCUGUGUUUCUUAGACAUUGUUGUAGGAUUGUAUUUUUGGAACUAUGUGAGGGUGCUGGCUCCAGCUGGCCCAGGGCCUGGCAUGAGCCUGUGUUCCCAUUGCUUUUCAACUUUGACUGUUUGGAUGUUGUUGUUUCUUGCCAUUGAAAUAAAGAGAUUGAUGUUUUA